AUGACGAUGCUGCUGGACGGAGGGCCGCAGUUCCCGGCGCUGGGGGUGGGCGGCUUCGCGGCGCCCCGCCACCACGAGAUGCCGGGCCGCGACCCCGCCGCCGCCGCCGGGAUGGGACUGGGCCCCUUCGGGGACUCCUCGCACGCCGCCGCCGCCUUCAAGCUGAACGCGGCCCCGCACGACCUCGCCGCCGGGCAGAGCUCCGCGUUCACCCCCCAGGCUCCCGGCUACGCCAGCGCGCUCGGCCACCACCACCACCACCACCACCACGCCGGCCAGGUGCCCUCGUACGGCGGGGCCGCCGCCUUCAACUCCACCCGCGACUUUCUGUUCCGCAACCGCGGCUCCGGCAUCGCGGACGCGGGCUCCGGCACGGCUCAGCACGGCCUUUUCGGCGGCUCUCCCGGAGGUUUGCACGGCCCCGGCGGCAUCCCGGACAGCCCGGGCUACCUGCUCUUCCCCGGGCUCCACGAGCAGAGCCCGAGCCACACGUCCCCCGGCGGGCACGUGGACAACGGGCAGAUGCACCUGGGGCUGCGCGGGGACCUCUUCGGGCGGCCGGACCCGUACCGCGCCGUCUCCAGCCCCCGCACGGACCCUUACGGCGGGGCCCAGUUCCACAACUACAACCACAUGAACAUGAAUAUGGGCAUGAACGUGGCCGCUCAUCACCACCACCACCAUCACCACCACGGGCCCGGGGCUUUCUUUCGGUACAUGCGGCAGCCCAUCAAGCAAGAGCUGUCCUGCAAGUGGCUCGACGAGAGCCAGCUCAGCCGGCCCAAGAAGAGCUGCGACAGGACUUUCAGCACCAUGCACGAGUUGGUCACCCACGUCACCAUGGAGCACGUCGGGGGUCCGGAGCAGAACAACCACAUCUGCUACUGGGACGAGUGCCCGCGGGAAGGCAAAUCCUUCAAGGCGAAAUACAAACUGGUCAACCACAUUCGGGUGCACACGGGGGAGAAGCCCUUCCCCUGCCCCUUCCCCGGCUGCGGGAAGAUCUUUGCCCGAUCCGAGAACCUCAAGAUCCACAAGCGGACGCACACAGGUGAGAAGCCCUUCAAGUGCGAGUUUGAGGGCUGCGACCGGCGCUUCGCCAACAGCAGCGACAGGAAGAAACACAUGCACGUCCACACCUCGGACAAGCCCUACAUCUGCAAGGUGUGCGACAAAUCCUACACCCACCCCAGCUCACUUAGGAAACACAUGAAGGUGCACGAAUCCCAGGGCUCGGACUCUUCCCCUGCAGCCAGUUCAGGCUACGAGUCCUCCACCCCCCCGGCGGUGGGCUCGGCCGGCAGCAAGGACUCCACGAAAACGCCGCCGGCAGCCCUGCAGGGGAACCCCGGCCACAACCCUGGCCUGCCCCCCAAUUUUAACGAGUGGUACGUGUGAAGGCAGCGGCUGCCCGGCCAGAGACUGGACCAAACGCCUUGGGAAUGAGGCAGAAGGACAAGCCAAGCCCACUGCAACUCGCUCCCACGGAAAUGGAGUUUCCACACCGACGACCGCAUAGGGCUAGUUAACUGCCAGGAACCGGAGGGGGGGUGUCUUUUAUUAUUAUAUUAUAAUUAUAACUAUUUUUUGCAAGCCGAGACGCUGGACUAGCCAUGUCCUUUUCUCAGGAUUGGAUUUCUUUUUUUUUUUCUUUUCUUUUUUUUUUGCAGUCGCAGUCGUUCCUUUGAUUUAUUAUUUUCCCUCUCCUUGCCCAGUACCUCUUCCUCCGAUUCCCCACUUUUUACUUUUAAUUUUUUUUUGUUUUUUCUUCUUCUUUCGGUGGGAUGUUGACAUGAGGAUGAAAAUUCUCCUUCGCCUUAGUGGUGAUUGUUUAAACUUACAGUCUUAAACCGUGCCAAAGUCCUGUUAUGUCUUGAACUUUCCUCUCUAGCUCUCAUGCUGCUCUCUCUCUGCUCUCCUCCUCUUUCUCCUUCUCUCUCUCUCCAAGCAUUACACUUGUGAAUGUAUUCUCAUCUGAUGGGGUCGGUCAGUAUUUUUCAGGAUGAGGAUGUGGUGUUUAUUCUACCCAGAUUGUGACGUUUAGUAUAACAGUUGCCUUUUUGUAAUAACUUUUUUUGUAAAUACAUAUCCAUGAUGCCAUAUUUAUCGUUCGUAAUUUAAUUAUUGAUACAAAGUGCCGGGAACUGAACAAUAUUUAUGGGGGAGAAAAAAUUGUUUUCUAACAAAAAAAAAAAAUACAAACAACAACAAAAAAAAUCAACUCUGUACAGCUUUUGGCUAUAACUGCUUUAGCAUUAAAAGUUUAUUGUUUUGGAAAGAGCCCCCGCGAGCCGUUUUUGACCCCCUCCGUGUCCCCUCCCCCCCCUUUUCGGGGGCCGCCGUGGGCCCGGUUCGGGUCCGCGCCGUUGUUUUGGGACCGGCGAUGCGGGAGAAGCGUCCUGCUCCUCGCUGCUGCUUUUUCUCCUGCCCCUUUGUCCCCGCCCUCCGCUUCGCAUCCCCGCGACCUUCCCGAGCCGACGGAGCCCGGAGCGCGGCGGCGCCGACGGAGAAGAGCCCCGGGGGCAGCGGGGCCGCCCGACGGUGAGUACCGGGCCGGGAGCCGGCAGCGGGCUGCUUCCCGGAGGGGACACGGGCGACUUUACGGCUCGCCGUACUUAGUCCGUUAUCGUCUGGUUUUGUUGUUUUGUUUUCGUUUUGCUUUUUUCUUUAUUUCCGGUUAGGAUUCGACAAAGUGUCCCCAUCCCCAGGAGAGCUGAGCCGAGAAACUCCAACGCCGCCGAGGAGCUUCAAACAACCGGAGCGAUGGUGGAAAACGGCUCCCCUGGAAGUUUCGUGCUCCGCUCCGGGAGACGCCCGGCACCGCCCGGGCUGCGACGGGACGAGGCGGCUCCGUACCGCGGCGGUGCGCGGCCGCUGCUGCCCCCGGUGCCGCAAUCGCAUCCUUCUCGGAGCUCGCUGCGGGCGGGGACCCCCCGGACCGCGCACCUCUGCCGUCCGGGAGCGACCCCCCCCGACGGGCCCGUCUUGAACUUGACUCGGGGGCACCGCGGGCGGCCGGGGCUGUCCCGUCUCCUCUUGCAUGACGCUCGGGCAAGCGGCCCACGGAACACUGCAUGCUUUAAAAAUUAACAUUAAGCGAAUUUAUGUUCUCUCCCCUUUCUUAACAUCCACCCCCC